GUUGGCGUGUGGGAUGGGCGGGCUUGAGGCUCUUAAAACCAUCGAAACAGACUGGACUACUGAAACUAUCGAUAAUGACUGGACUACUAAAACUGUCGAUAAAGACUGGACUGGCCUACUGAAACUAUCGAUAAAGACUGGGCUACUGAAACUAUCGAUAAAGACUGGACUACUGAAACUAUCGAUAAAGACUGGACUACUGAAACUAUCGAUAAAAACUGGACUAUUGAAACUAUCGAUGAAGACUGGACUACUGAAACUAUCGAUAAAAACUGGACUACUGAAACUAUCGAUAAAGACUGGACUACUGAAACUAUCGAUAAAGACUGGACUACUGAAACUGUCGAUAAAGACUGGCCUACUGAAACUAUCGAUAAAGACUGGACUACUGAAACUAUCGAUAAAGACUGGACUACUACAGCCCCCCCCCCAGUAA